UUAGGUGUGUUUUUCCCAUCUCUGUCAAGUCUAUUCUCCAAUAAAGUGCGAGAGAGUGAUCGAGCAUUUACCAACAGUGCAGUGUGCACUGGCUCCCAGGUUGGGACAUUAAUAAUCGGAGCUUUUGGUUCAGUGUUGUUGGACUGGUAUGGCUGGGAGACUGUGUUCUACUUUUCUGGCCUCCCUUCCAUUCUGUGGGCCUACUGUAUGUGGAAAUAUUUCCUUAAAGAAGAAGACCAGAUUAUAUCUUUGGAAAGUUUGGGCAACAGUCUAAUGAAUUCAAAGGACGAUAAAGUCGCAUGGAGAAAACUGUUUAAAAGUGCUCCUGUCUGGGGUGUCAUUGUAGCUCAUGUUUGCAUCAGCGGUACUUUUUUCUGCCUUUUGUCAUGGAUGCCAACAUUCUUCCAUGAUUCGUUUCCUGAAUCUAAGGGUUGGGUUUUCAAUGUAGUUCCUUGGGCUGUUGCAGUCCCAUUCUCUUUGUUUGGUGGCAUUCUGACUGAUCAUCUGGUCAAGCUUGGGUUUGACACCGCUAAGGUGCGUAAAUUAAUGCAGGUGAUUGCCAUGGGAUUAUCCAGUAUCUUUACAGUAUUACUGAGUUACUCAGGCAGCUAUUACCAAUCAUUAAUAUGUAUAUCAGCUAGUUUAGGACUUCAGACCUUCAGUCACAGUGGGGUAACUGUCAAUGUUCAAGAUUUAGCACCAUCCUGUGCUGGUGCACUGUUUGGUAAGUAACAGUUACAAAAACAUUUUGCGUAGCUAUAUAUAUCCUGUACAUUCUGUCAUGUUAAUAAAUUUAUAUCAGAGGUUAAUGAUCAUUGACAAGGCCCAACCAUCAUUCACUUACUUUCUAAACUUGAGCUUACAAUGUGUGAAGUGAUGUGUGUGAAUCUGCUUUUAAUCACUUUGGUACAAAGCAUGAUAAACUGAAUUUAUAGCACAAAAAGGUCAAUCACUUAAUCACAUUAGUACUAAUUCUCUGCAAGGGCAGUUCAGUUAGUUGCACACUAUUUCUGUACCUCAAAUUCCUUAUCUUCAGGUACUUAUCUAAGUGCCCUUUGAAAGCCAGAUUCAAUCCGCCUGCACCAUU